UCUCGCACCCAUCGCGCGUAUAAAACAGAAAUGGCUCCUCACCCAAACAACAGAAUGUGUGAGCCCAGCCCUCCUGUGCUACAUCCCCAGGCCAGCGAUAAUGUGACCAUGGUGGGCGUCGGCGUCAAGCUGGAAGAGGAGGAGUCUGGAGAUGGUGGUAGAGCCAGGGAUUGCGAGUCCCUGCAGACCUCACCCUCGGGUGAUUGGUCAGCGCAGCCACCGGCUGAACGACGGGACUUGGAGAAGUCAACGGCCCUUAACUCCCAGUCCUCCUCGGCUAACUCUCCCAGCAAAGAACACUCUCGCACCCUCAGUCCCGUCAGCCAGGACAGGCCUGAAGCCCUGGCCAGCGUCAGUGAAGUUCUGCCCACCAUCGAGAAGCUCCUGAACGCUGACUGGAGAGAGAAGCUGUUUGGGAAGGGAUUCCAAGGCACUGCCAAUGUGAAAGGCACUCCGGAGAGCCUCGCUGAGAAGGAGUUGCAGCUCUUGCUCAUGAUUAAUCAGCUGUCCGGACUGCGAGAGCAGCUCCUGGGAGCGCACUCGGAGCAAAGGAACAUGGCCGCCCUGCUCCUGGAGAAGCAGCAGCAACAGAUGGAGUUGGCCCGGCAACAACAGGAGCAGAUCGCGAAGCAACAGCAGCAGCUGAUCCAGCAGCAGCAUAAGAUCAACCUCCUGCAGCAGCAGAUCCAGCAGGUAAAUUUGCCUUAUGUGAUGAUCCCCGCCUUCCACCCCAACACUCAGCCAAUGCCGGUGUCCUCGGAUGCACAGAUGGGGCUGCCCCUUCAGCCUAUCCCCUGCAAGCCAGUGGAAUAUCCCAUGCAGCUGCUGCCAACCCCCCACUCCACCCCCAUCAAAAGAUCCAGUGGUACAGUCUUUCGACAGGACAGCACUCAGCCACUCAACCUUACAGCCAAGCCCAAGACCCCCAGCCCCCAGGCCCUGGAACUGGCCUCCACCCAGCUACCAUCCAGCUACAGGCCCAGAGAGCUCCCACGUAGCCCCCCUAGACCUGCACUUAGCCUGGGCUUCUUGGGUGAGGGUGACGUGGUGACUCAGGCCAUCCGUGAUGCCCAGCAGCUGUUGCGUGGAGGCCAUGGCCCGCUGAGCCGAGAGCGGGACCGAGAGCGGGAGCGGGACGGCGGACUGAGGCUGGGAGACUACAAGGAGAACUUGCGAGCUGAGCGUCCAGCCCUGACCGACCGUACUGACGACAGCCUCUCUGUACGGCCCAGUGAGGAUCACCUGGGUAGCGACUCGGAGGGGCAGAUGGGUGUCUCCGGGGUCGGGGGAUACGGCGAGAGCCGCACCACCUCUUCCGGCCACAUCAAGAGACCCAUGAACGCCUUCAUGGUGUGGGCCAAAGACGAGCGCAGACGCAUCCUGCAGGCCUUCCCCGACAUGCACAACUCCAGCAUCAGCAAGAUCCUGGGCUCGCGCUGGAAGGCCAUGUCCAAUCAGGAGAAGCAGCCGUACUACGAGGAGCAGGCUCGCCUGAGCCGCCAGCAUCUGGAGCGCUACCCCGACUACAAGUACAAGCCGCGGCCCAAGCGCACCUGCAUCGUGGAGGGCCGGCGUCUGCGCGUGGGCGAGUACAAGGCCAUGAUGAGGAGUCGCAGACAGGAGCAGCGCACCUCCUACCCCCCUAGCCAGUCGGAGCAGAAGCUCCACUACCCGAGCGUGGAGGGACAGUAUCCCAGCACGCCUGUGUCCAUGGCCCUGCCGCUGCACCCCGCCCUGCUGGAGCACUACCUCCCCCGUGCCCUGGAGGCCCCACAGGGCAGAGGCCCCGAGGAGCCCGACGGGCCAUGCACCAAGCAGCCCUACAGCGAGGGAGAGGAGAGCGAUGCAGGGGAGCGUAGUGAGGGCGAGUUGGUGGUCCUCACUGACUGAGAACGUGGUGGAGAGAGAGGGAGGGCGCUAUUGGGGUUUGGUGGAGGGUGGGCUUGUGAUUUUAGGUCUUUGAAGUUGAGGGU